AUGAAUUAAUUUGCCAAUUACUUGUAAUGUUAGACUAAAAGAGUAGUGUCAGUUUAUUAAUAACAAUACUACAGUAAAUCUCCUUAAGAUAGAAAAUGCAUAGUAUCUAAUUAACCAUUUAGUCCUAAUGAAUAAAAAUAUAUGAAAUAAUUCAAGUGUAUAGAUCAAUAUAAGUAUUAACAAUAACCUAAAGCUAUUUUAUAUCCACCUAAAAGAAUGUCACCAACUAAUAAAUAACCUCUUAUAGCUACUAAAUUAAGAAUUUAAGAUAAAGAAAAUAGUAAUCAUUUUUAUAAUGCUAAUAUUAUAUUUCAACCAUGUAAAACACCUAGAGAUCCAUUAUAAUAAUAAUUGUUUUCUUAAUAGAAUUCACCUAAUAUAAAAUAACCCACUCCUUAAUUUGAAAAUCGUUAUGAUUGUGAUGAUAAAAAUUAAGAAUUCAGAUUAUCAACAUCUGAAAUCAAUUUCAGAUUUGUUGAUUCAGAAUAACACACUUCUGAUGAAUAACAACUCAAAAAUAUAACAGAUUAGUUUAACAAUAUUGAAAUUCAUUUAAAGGAACCAGAAUUAUCACCAAAAUCAAUUAAAUCUGAUGAAUUUUUAGUUUAAAUGGAUUCUGUAAAAAAAUCUGAUUUUUCUAAUAAAUCACAUACUAAAAAUGUUGCAAUCCAAGCUUUUGAAAGUACUCACUUUGAAAAACCAGAGGAAUAGUUAGGUAAAAUUUUUGGAUCUUUGAAAAAAGUUAAGAUCAUUAAAAAGAAAUAAACUUAACCUACUCUUUAAACAUAAGUUACUCAAAAAACAAUGGAAGAUGAUAGUAUGUUAAAAAUGGAUACUUAGUAGGAUUAAUAAGCAAAAACAAUUAGUGGAUUGUCAAAUAUUGAUUUUUAAAGUGAAAAACUUUAAACUGAAUUUACGGAUCUAGUAUUAUAUUUAUUUUUAUAAAGGAUUCACAUAGAAUUAAAAAUACAUAGAUUGAUGAACAUGAAUAGUUUAACAAUUUUAGAUAAAACAUUGCAACUCCUAAAUAAUUAACAUAAAAUAAUAUUAGUAAUAUUAUUAUAUAUAUAUUUAAUAUAGGUUUUCUGAUGUAUAAAAAGUAAUUUGAGAAAAAUGCAUGA